AUGCAGUGCCUGUUCUUGGAGGAGAGAAUCAAGAAGGAAGGUUGUGUUGUGUUGUUUGCCGAGGCAUUCCGACCUUCGUUCGCUAACAUUCAGGGGUUUCUCACAACUAUCGCAGAGCCCGUUUCACGACUUUCUCUGAUGCACGAAUACCGUAUGACAUACUUUUCACUGGGCGCGGCUGCCUCCGCCAGCAUAUCGGUGUCAGAAGUAAUUCAGUUCUUGGACGACCACGUUUACUUUUUUCGCGAUAAAUGUUUUGCUUCCUACCGAGAGAGUGUUUGUGCCUUUGCUGAGAUGUAUAUGAGUCGGUGUAACUUGGCACGUGUAGUCAUAGAUGAGUCGCGAACGUUGCUGGAAUGUAAGGAUAUUGUAACGGCAAAAACAUUGUUAAAGGACCGAGUCGUGCGAUCCCUCUGUUGCCAACCCAAGGAAACCGUUGGUGAGGAUGCGUGCCCCCAUUUCCUUCUUAAGAGUCGCGCCGCGGCGAGGGUGGUGGCCGAGCGCUGCGUUCUGCUUGGCUACCCGCUACAACAACAAUACGAGUAUGAGAAGGAUACAAGCAUUCGUAACGUUAACAUUGCGUUGAAGUCUCAAACUAGGCCUCGCCCAUACCAGAUCGCUGCUGUUGACGCCGCGGCGAGCGAUGGUGCUUUGCGCAGUGGUUGUAUAGUUCUUCCCUGUGGAUCUGGUAAGACACUUGUCGGUAUCAUGCUCCUUUGUAAGGUAAAGAAACCAACACUCAUACUUUGCGCAGGGGGCGUGAGUGUUGAGCAGUGGAGAAACCAGAUUUUAGAGUUCGCAAGCGUUUGUGCCCCCGCAAACAAUGAAGAGGGCGAUCCGUCGAAUAGUACCACUGGCGAGAAGGUGCGGACAGCAGCAGUUGGGGCUGCACGCAUCUCAUGUCUGACCGGAAAGCAGAAGGAUGAGAUCACGGAUGAGACGGAUAUUGUGCUGACGACGUACAGUAUGCUGGUGACUGCGCAUAAGGCCCAGGCGCGCUGCCAAGUGGAGGGCUUCGAAAUGAACGCUGAUGGACGGGGAAGAAACCCCCGGAGGGCCAAUCCUAAGGAGCGGCUGUUCCAACCGUACGGUCUUCUUAUCAUGGAUGAAGUGCACAUGAUGCCUGCGGAUGCGUACAAGGAUAGCUUGGGUUUCAUCAACGCUAAAGGCGUUGUGGGGCUGACGGCAACGUAUGUGCGGGAGGAUUCCAAAAUACGUGACCUUUUUCAUUUGGUAGGACCAAAGUUGUUUGACAUUUCGUGGGAAAGACUGGCGAGUAGUGGUUAUUUAGCUCACGUGACCUGCAUCGAGGUGCUGACGCCGCUGGCGCGCCGCUUCAGUCUUGAGUACCUUGAGCGCAGCAGCGAGCUUACAUCGCCACAACACGGUACACCGCUUCUCGUGAUGCUUGCGGCUGCUAACCCCAACAAGAUGCUGUGCGUUAUGGAGAUCGUCAAGAGACAUGUCGCCGAGUCCUCGAAGAUUCUCGUUUUCUGUGACCACAUCAUGCUACUGAAGGAAUACAGCAAGCUUCUCGGUGCACCUGUGGUUUGCGGGGAUACGCCUCAUCGGGAGCGCCUGAUGAUAUUCUCUGACUUUCAGAGUACCUCGAAGGUAAACGUUGUUUGCCUGUCGCGUGUAGGAGAUGUUAGUGUAAACCUUCCAAGCGCGAAUGUUGUGGUGCAGGUAUCCAGUCACGGUGGAAGCAGACGGCAAGAGGCACAGCGCCUCGGGAGGAUUCUGCGCCCCAAAGAAAAAGCGAGCAAUGGCAAACCCACCGACGCUUGGUUUUACACUGUGAUCAGCACAGACACCGUUGAGAUGUCGUACGCAGCACACCGAACUGCAUUCCUCGUGGAUCAGGGCUACACGUGUAGUGUCACGGAGUUUAACCCUGACGGCGCUCCGGAGGCUGCUGUGGAGGGGGUAGAUGACACGGCACCGGGUGAUGUUGUUAGUAUUCGUCAGGCGAAACUCCGUGGCACCUUCAAGAAACAAGAACUAAAAUGCAGUGUUGCUUCACCCACUGCACAGGGAUCUGUCAAUCCACGUAGUCUGGACUACCAGGAGAAGCUUCUUUGCCGUGUGGUUGCGAGUUGGGAGUUGGAUUACCAAAAUGCAACGUCACAGCAGAAUGAGCCAGGUGUGGCAAAUGACACAGCAACUGGUUUGAUAGACAAGAAAAUGAAGAGGGCGAGAGACGAAACCGCUGAGGAUAUCAAGCGCGAGUGGAACUCGGGCGCUCAGACGACGCAACCACGUGGGGACUUUUGUCGCUUGCCGCUGCAAAGGUUAGUAGGCGCUAACGAUGACGUUGUCUAUCAUGAGAGUUAG